UCGCCGCAACGAAUUUUUAAAAAUCAAACUUAAAAUUAAUGUUAUUAUAAUUUAUUAUGUUUAUUUUUUAGUAUACUUGUCGUUUUACCCGAUCGUUUACAGUCUUACACUUCUCAUAGGUAACGUCUGAAAAGUUAGACAACGCUUCCAAUUAGUAAAAUUCCAGGCUAUUUCAAUAUAUAUCGAAUAAAUUAUUUUCGUUUGAAAUACUGGAUUUGUUUAUCACAAACGUAAGCUGAAAGCACAGAGGAAAGUUAAUUAGAGUAUCUAUUUUUUCAUCAGAAAUGAGUUUUAACCGUUACAAAGAUAUUAUUGAAGAAGGCGACACGGUCAUAUUGUAUAUAAAUCCACAAGCAAUGUACGCUAUACAAGCCCAGUCAGUAAUUGAAAAUCGGAAAGGCGAGAAGGUUGAGAAUGUUAUGCAGACCAAGUAUGGAGCGUUGAAGAUUUCAUCAUUAUUUGGAAAACCAUUUGGAUCAAAAGUGAGUUUGUCCAAUGGAUGGGCUCAUGUAUUAUAUCCUACACCUGAACUUUGGACACAGACAUUACCACACAGAACUCAGAUUAUAUAUACACCAGACAUAAGUCUAAUUAUGUUCAUGUUAGAACUUAAGCCUGGUAGCAUUGUGGUUGAGUCGGGUACUGGAAGUGGAUCGUUGACUCAUGCCAUGGCCUUUAGAGUAAAACCAACUGGACACAUUUAUACUUACGAUUUUCAUGAACAAAGGGCAGAUCAGGCUCAAAAAGAGUUUAAAUCUCAUGGUUUAUCUGAGAAUGUCACCAGUCAGUGCAGAGAUGUUUGUCAAAAUGGAUUUAGUGAUGAUGUUACUGGUAAAGCUGAUGCUGUAUUCUUAGAUUUGCCUCAUCCACAUCUAGUUGUCCCGUUUGCUAUUAAAGCUUUAAAACCAUCAGGUGGUGGGAGAAUUUGCACAUUUUCGCCAUGUAUUGAACAAGUGAUGCGCACGUGUCAGACGCUGCUGGACCACGGUUUCGUCCAACUUAAGACGGUCGAGUGUCUGGAAAAAGAAUACCAAGUGCUAAACAGGACCGUGACCACGUUCGCCACCGCCAGCAGACCGCCGUCCGCUUCAGUACCGCAGAAUACGACCGAAGAACCUAACGACAAGAAAUUUGUGGCUUGUGUCCCAUCCUCAUCCCCUCGUGGUCAUACGGGUUACCUAACUACUGCUACGUAUCUCAUGGAAACUCGAUUGCAGCAGGAGGUAGUGGAGAUCGAGAACGCGUGCGAAAAUUGAAAACUGACGAUAACAUAGGACUUUGCCGGGGUAGAGAAGUCUCCAGCUUAUUGUUAAAUAUUAUAUAAUAUUAUUGUCUGUAUUAUUAUUUUUUACGUACAAUUAUUAUACAUCGAUACACGUAUAUAAUAUGCAUGUCCGCGCGACUGUUCUAUUGUACUGGCG